UCACUUGACGCAUUUGAACCUCGUCCAUAUGUCCCUGGAUUUGAUGUGGGAAAUAAGAAAUCUGUGCUGCUAGCUAACCGAAAAAGACGGGCGGUCCCCGGGCAGAGGAAAACAGAACUGUCGGUAGAUUCUAAACACUUUAAGGAGAAAGUUCACACUAACCGAUUACCGCUGGAUGCCCUUUCGUACGUUAGUCGACGACAAUGCCCUCGUCUAAAUAGCUGCCGUGGAGGUCGAGGAUGGCCGCAGACGUGGAUAAAACAACGCCGAAAGAUGAGAGCAAGAUUUCCCCUCAGAAUGGGCAUCGGAGUCCGGGCUCUGGAUCCUGGAUCUCCAAGGGGCCGUGGACUCUGCUCGUACUCGUUACUGUCCCUCUUCUCGCCUUUGGGAUCAAGUAUUACCUGGAUGCCCAGCUCCUCAAACGUCAUGCGCUAGUAGGCACGCAUCUGUCUGGGAAAGGGUGGUCUUUGAAACACAUGCUAGGAAUCUGUGGCCUCUGGGCUGAUCUUUAUCCAGCCGACACUGCUGAGGUUGAAUUAAUGGAAGAGAGUGUUCGGACUCUGGGUGCCGAGGGGCUUUUUCUCUUCUCCUCCCUAGACACCGACCAUGACCUUUAUCUCAGUCCGGAGGAGUUUAAACCUAUUGCUGAGAAACUCACAGGAAUUUCACCCCCGGUGGAUUUUGAGGAGGAAGUGACCCAUGACCCCAAUGGAGAAACUUUGACAUUGGAGGCCAAAAUGCAGCCUCUGCUGCUCGACUCCAUGACAAAAAGCAAGGAUGGUUUCCUUGGGGUGUCUCACAGCUCUCUGAGUGGGCUGCGCUCUUGGAAGAGCCCAGCAGUGCCAUCUUCCUCCUUCUCUGCCAGCCAGUUCAGGGUCUUCUUGCCCCCAAAAAACAAGGUCGAAGUGGGGGACACGUGGUGGGUGAUUCCCAGCGAGCUCAACAUCUUCACUGGAUACCUGCCCAACAAUCGUUACCACCCUCCCUCGCCGAAGGGCAAAGAGGUUCUCAUCCACUCCUUGUUGAGCAUGUUCCACCCUCGGCCCUUCAUCAAAUCACGUUUUGCUCCUCAGGGCACAGUCGCCUGCAUUCGUGCCAACAACGACUUUUAUUAUGACAUCGUCUUCAGGAUUCACGCAGAAUUCCAGCUCAAUGAUGUUCCAGACUUCCCCUUCUGGUUCACGCCAGGGCAAUUCACCGGCAACAUUGUUCUGUCUAAAGAUGCGUCUCAUGUCCGCCACUUUCACCUCUAUGUCCCCGGAGACCGGUCUCUGAAUGUGGACAUGGAGUGGCUGUACGGUGCCAGUGAGAGCAGCAACAUGGAGGUGGACAUCGGAUACCUGCCACAGUUAGAGCUGCAGUCCACAGGCCCGUCCACACCCUCCAUCAUCAUGGACCAGGAGGGCAACAUCAUCGACAGUCGAGAUGGUAGCGCUGAACCGAUCCAGUUUGUCUUUGAGGACAUCCACUGGACCUCAGAGAUCAGUCGGCAAGAAGCUGCUCGACGCCUGGAUGUCACCCUCUACCCCUUCAAGAAGGUGCCCUACUUGCCUUUUUCAGAAGCCUUUGAGCGAGCUGACGCAGAGAAGAAAUUGGUGCAUUCCAUUCUGCUUUGGGGAGCAUUGGACGACCAGUCCUGCUGAGGUUCGGGGCGAACUCUCCGGGAGACAGUCCUGGAAAGUUCGCCCGUCCUGGCCCUGCUCAACCAGAGCUUCAUAAGCAGCUGGUCUCUGGUCAGAGAGCUGGAGAACAUGCAGGCUGAUGAGCAGAACCCUGCGUUGAGUGAAAAGGCCCGUUUACACUUGGAGAAGUACAGCUUCCCAGUGGAGAUGAUGGUGGCACUGCCAAAUGGAACUAUUGUCCACCACAUCAAUGCCAACUUUUUCCUGGACCAGACAGCCAUGAAACCAGAGGAGGAAGGAGCAACUUUCAGCUUCUCUGGCGGGUUUGAAGACCCCUCCACAUCCACUUACAUCAGCUUCCUCAAGGAGGGGUUGGAAAAAGCCAAGGAGUACAUUGCACAGUAAUUUGUGUUUGUGUGAAGUAAACGAUAGUCAUUCCUCUGGGCAAUGAUCUAAGAUAAGGAAAACCCUCCGACGGUUAUGUAGACACGUGUUCGAAUCAGUGUUGGCAGCUGAAAAAGUUUUUUGCCUUCUGUCUUUUUUUGUUACUAUUUAUUUAGGUGGGCGUCUCUCUUGGUCAUAAAGUUUUAUAUACUGUAUUUGUAUUGUGACAGUCCAUAUAGACCUACAGGGAAAUAUUACAUCUCAAACGUAAUGUUACUGGCUGUACAGUAUACAUGCACACUGAGCAGUAACAGAUACGUAAACACAUGUAGAUCUGCUCUCUCUGCUCAUAGCUGCUGAUUAAUGUUUAUAUAAAAUGUAGUCAGAGGCCAUUCCUACGACAAAUCACAAGUGCAUCAUAACGUACCGAAACAUCCUAUAUUUCUUCUUUUUAUAUUCUGGUGUUGCAUGUGCAAUAUUUAAUAAUGACUGAGUGAUUUUUUUCCCAUGCUGCUGAGCCAGAGACGGGACUGGUACAGUUGUUACCUCUUAGUUGUGUCUCAGCAGUUUGUGAAGACUUUGCCUGAAAGCUCUCUCGGGGCCGGGCAACGCCUGAUGUUAAUGCUGAGGCUGCUGGAGGGGAACACCCUUCUCUGACUCGGUGGACAAAAAGCAGCAGGAAAAAAAUAAUAAACGAAACUGGACUGUGGCACAUAAAGCAAUCAAUUCAGUUGCUUUUUUUGUAUUUUGAGUUUGAAACCAAAUGUUUAAUAUUGAUGAAGAUGAUGUGACCACACAAAGAACAUUGUUUUUAAUAUGUACAGGAGCUGGCCUGCAUAGGUUGGGUGCCACAUCAUAUUUACAUUACAUUUACAUUACAUUUACAUAUUAGUUACAUAUUUAUGUAACUCGAAUGGAACCAAAUAGUCAAAGUAUCACGAGAGGCACAUGUUACUGUAUACAGUUAUCCUCUUUUUGGCUCCAAUCAAAGCUAUGUAUUUUCUUGUGUCUUUAGCUAGACAGCAGGCAAUCCUUGAUGACAAUCUGGACCUAUAAUUAGCUAUUUUUUCACAAUUUGUCUCAUUAUCACCUUUUCCAGUCAUUACAAAAUAAAUCCUCUUCAGGUCCUAGUUUCUGUUCUUAAGUAUGAAAUGGAAGAAAACGGGGGGGAACAGGUAAACUAAUUAGAAAUAGUAACAAGGAAAUUUGAUAAAUUGGAAUUUGACUUUCAAGGUCAUACAGGGUGAAACAUCUGACUGCUCUGAGCCUGUAGGGGGGCAACACUGUUAUUCUGUGGUCAAAUAAAACCGGUUUUACUCUUACAAA